CAUUGAAAACUGGGCCAUAUCUUCCUCUCUUCUCUUCUUUGCCGAGGCAGAGAGAGAGAGAGAAAAAAGGAGUUUCUAGCUUUCUUCGUCAAAAUUCCCCAUCCAACGAAUAUAUUUCAACUUUACCUUUAUUCCCCAAUUCGAUAACUUUUUUGGUUUUGCCUUCUUUCUUCCUUUUGAAUUAUUCGUUUUUAAGCAAUGUUAUAAAUUCGCAUAUUCUUGCUUGCCCAUUUGCUCCAAACUAUCUUUACCUUCUUGAAACUUCGAAAGCUUCGUUUUUUAACGGAGAAGCUGUUCUGUGUAUAUUGGUAUUUAAGACUUGGAAGGAAAUAGCUUGUUUUGGAGCUUAGGAUCAAUGGAUAGAGGAAGGCUGCAAGUGCAAGGUGUUGAAUCUGGUUGCAAAGAUGUAGUAAUAUGUAGUUCUGGAAUCAAGUUUGGAUGGGGUUCACAUGGAAGCAAUGUUCAUCCAACUGGCUUAUUUGCAAGCGUUGGUCAAGCUGGGUUUGGAAUUGGGAUUUCACCAAAUCCUCCAACAGCAAAUGCUAGAGACAGUGGCACCAAACUUCCAUUGGCAAAUUCUUCCAUGAAGUACGUUAUAAUGCCUGAAGCCAGUUUUCGAACUACGGGGUUUCAAGGAUUGUUGAGUGGUGAGGCGUUUGAAGUUGAUGAGGAAGGCCUUGGCAUGAAGAUGGAAAAAAGAAUGAAGGGGUUUAAAUUGAAGUUUAAGAUAGGGAAUCCAUCAUUGAGAAGGUUGAUAAGUGGGGCAAUUGCUGGUGCAGUGUCAAGGACUGUAGUGGCACCGUUGGAGACCAUAAGGACCCAUUUGAUGGUGGGGAGUUGUGGAAAUAAUUCAAUUCAAGUGUUUCAAUCUAUUAUGGAAUCUGAAGGGUGGAAGGGCUUGUUUAGAGGCAAUUUUGUUAACAUCAUCCGAGUUGCGCCAAGCAAGGCCAUUGAGUUAUUUGCCUAUGAUACUGUCAAGAAGCAAUUAUCUCCUGAACCUGGAGAACAGUCAAAAAUUCCAAUUCCGGCCUCAUCAAUUGCCGGAGCUGUUGCUGGAUUUAGCUCUACCUUAUGUACAUACCCUCUUGAGCUACUAAAAACUCGUCUUACUGUCCAGAGAGGGGUGUACAAGAACUUUCUCGAUGCAUUAGUGAGAAUUGUUCAAGAGGAAGGUCCAGCAGAACUAUACAGAGGCCUCACCCCUAGCCUAAUUGGUGUAAUCCCUUAUGCUGCUACAAAUUAUCUUGCUUAUGAUACACUUAGAAAAGCUUACAAGAAAGCUUUUAAUAAGGAGGAUGUUGGGAAUGUGAUGACACUUUUAAUAGGAUCAGCUGCUGGGGCAUUUUCAAGUAGUGCAACAUUUCCACUUGAGGUGGCUCGUAAGCAUAUGCAAGCUGGGGCUCUAAAUGGAAGACAAUACAGCAACAUGCUUCAUGCCCUCAUGAGUAUACUUGAAAAGGAAGGUUUUUUAGGCCUUUAUAGAGGUUUGGGACCAAGCUGCUUAAAAUUAGUUCCUGCUGCUGGGAUUUCUUUCAUGUGCUACGAAGCUUGCAAGAGGAUACUUGUUGAAAAUGAACAAAAUUAAUAACGAUUGGAUGACUGCAGAUUCUUUCCACAGGAUUUGUUGGUAUUGUUUUUUGUUUAGGAAGAGAGAACUAAUUCGUCCUUCUAAUUUUUGGUUUUGCAGAUUUUGUUUAUCCAUAUAUAUUUUACAAUUUCGACCAGGGUGUUUCUUUAUUGAGUACACAAAAACAGUGAUUUUAUUCACAAUAAAUGUCUUUCGUAUUUUGUAUUUGGUCUUGGCAGAGAAUACGCAACUUGUAAGUGAGCUUUAUUACUUGUAAUAAGUUCGAGAUCAGUUACAGCAUUAUGUACUGUGGCCUUGUAUUUAGAUUUUGGCCUCUAUUUGAAUGGAAUAA